GAUGCUUUGGCCAAACUGAGACUGGCUGAACAUGCCCUGAAUAUAGUUACGGAACAAACCGCAGAGCUCCAAUCUCUCCAACGUCUGAGUAGGAGUGGCCCGUCACGACACGCCUCCAUCCAUCGCCCCCACCAUGUCCGAAGAUUCCAUGCUCGACCUGAAAGGCCAGACAUCGCAUUCGUGGCCCGCUCAAGAAGAUCCGGACCCAUCGGUGUCGUUUGCCAGUUUCUUGUCGGUUUUGAAGUAUUGCGGUUUGAUCAUUCUCGCGCCCAUCAUCACGUUCUUCGGCUGCAAGGCCGGCCUCGGAGUCUGGGGACUCGCUCCCGCGGAUCACGCGGGUGAGGGCAUCGCUGCCAAUGUCAUGUCCGCUGUUGCGGCCAUCGUGGUCCUGCAUCUGGCUUUGGGCGUAUUUAUCUAUAAAGCCUAUUUCGAAGGCACGCCCGCCAAGAAACGUCUGGGCAAACAAGAGUAAACUCUUCUGCCCUUUUGUUCAGUUGUCUUUUUUUUUUUUAUGUUCUUAUUGUGAAUUUGUGAUCCUCUCCGACAUUCAGUCAAUCAGCUGGACAAACUGACGGGACUCGUGAUUGUGCCUCCCUUGAUUUCCAG